CACUUCUCCACACUUCCAUGUAAUUGACUCAGAGAGGAAGCACUGCUCGUAACUGUUUGUAUGUUGUCAGGGUGUAUAAGCCGUGCGAAAACCGCGAAACAUGGAUUCCCAUGAGUUUUUAUCUUCCACGGUUGCAUCAUCAUAACCUUGGAAGAAUGAAAACCUUUUUACAGUCUCAAAACAUGUUACAAACAAAUGGGAAAGCAGGUGAACAACCCCUGCUUCAAAAAUGCCCAUUUCAGUUCAAUUCUUCCCCCUUCGAACACCAAAAUCCAUCUUCUGUCUCUACCAUCAAUGUACCCCAGCAGUCUGUGUCACAUUUAAUUGUUGUGAAUAAUCUUGGUGGAAGCUGGAAGAACAAUCUAUACAGUCACCAGCAGCUUGUGGAAAUUACUUCGAAUUUACCUGAAGACACCACCUCUCUGGGAUUCUUUGCUGAUGUUGGACACUUUGGUGCUAUUGUAGCGAAGGAUCAAAUAUUCAGACUUCGUCAACAAAAUGCCUGUAUGGCCAAAGAUAUCAAUCAGCAGAAGUAUGCGCCUCAGGAAGCUAUUUCUGUUGUUACACCAUUGACUCAAAAGGUGGUGGAAGGUGUUACAUUUUCAAAGAACCUAAACAAAAAGGAGAUAAGCCUUGAAACGAGCUUUGUACCCAAUAAGGCUGACUAUCAACCUCACAUUCCACAGGUUUUACAAUCAACAAAUGAAAGAGGUGCAGGAAUAAAUGAUAAUACAUCACAAACAAAGAAAUCAUCAUCAAAAUCUGUACUAGCCACUGAAAUACUUGAUUGCGUGAUGGGUGGGCCUGAUGAGAAUAAUAACGUUUCUGGUCAGAGUGAAAUAUUGUCCUCAUUCCCUCAUGGUGGUGGUGAUAACCGUAGUGCUAAAUUUCCCAGAGGAUAUGAUGCUAGAGUGAUUGACAGAAAUUCUGUGAGCAUCAAAACUAGAAUGGAUAACUUGUCUACUAUACCUGUAACUGAGUGGACUCUUCAGAAAUUGCACACCUUGGUGACUGUCUUAGAGCAGAAGCAAAAAAGGCAGCAGAAGGACAUGCCUUUUACUGACCUUUUUAGUGAGAUUCUAAAGUUGUAUUGGAAUGGGAAUCAUAAAGAUUUAUGUAGUGCCGCAAGAUCAAAAAUGUAUGUCAACACCAUGAAAGAAGUCAGACUUCACUGUGGAACAGACAAUUCUGUAAUACUCCAGGCAGUUUCAAGAGAGAGACUAAAGGAAUCUGAAUCAAGUUUUCACAUUUUAGAACACUGCUUUACACCACCCAAGAUGGUGUACACAUCGUCCUGGUUAAAUCUCAGUGAGAAUCUCAAUGAUACUGACCAGAAACCUGAUUGUGUGUCAUCCUUAAUGACUUUGCACUGCAAACCCAAACCCCCUGACAAAGGAUUGCCAAAGAAAGAGCUGGACAACAUGCAGGACACUACAAAUGAAACGAUAAAGGCAUGUAAUAAGGCACAAAGUGGUGAAGAGGAGCAGAGCAAACCGUUACCGACUGAGCAGCAAAUGAACUCAAGUGACAAAAUCAGAGGACACACUGCCAUGGAUGUCAAAAAUAAAUGUUCUGUCAAAAAGACAGCAGGACAAGAUAGUAUGACUCUGAAAAAUGUGUUAAUGGAAUGUGUGCCAUCAGAAAAAACAAAUACAUCAGAGGAUAAAAAUGAGGCACCUUUGCAAGUUUCGUUAAGUACACAAUCAUCUGAUGUCAGUGACAGCUUUACAAAACCUGGGAACUUGAUCCAACCCCUCAGUACACACAUGACAACUUUACUGGAGAAAACUGAUAUUGCAGACUGCGUUUCUGUCAAAGUGAGCGUCCUUCCACCAGAGAAAGCGCAAAGAUUGUUUACUGAUGAGCCAGAUGAAGAGGUGCACAACAUACAAAAAGAAGAUGCUAAAAUUUUGACUGACAGCAAGGGUCAAGCCACUGCUGAAUCAUUUGACAAGGAUAAAAAGCAAGUGGACCCUGCAAUUGAAUUUGAUAAAAAGAGCAAUACAAUUAAAAUCAAUUGCCAAGUGGAGAACUACUGUUGUCUUGCUAAAUGGUUCCAAGCUUUGGGCUACAGAAAUAGAGGAAAUUGCAAGUGUGAGAUAAAGGCUGAUGCUGUAACCUUUGGCAUAGGUGUGAAUGGGUUAAAUUCAGCUAAGCACAGGCAUCCUUUCCACAACACUUGUCAGCUCACUGAUAUGGACAAUCGUGAGCUAAGAAAAACCAGAAAGGCAAAGAAUAGAUUUGCAUACAGAGGUCUGACUGGAAAAAAACAUGUUGCCUCACCUAUUGAUGAUGAUGCCAGCAUGGAUGAGUUUGAGAUUGUGGAUGUCAUCACAAAUUAUGAAGAUGUACUGGAAUUGGCCAAUUCAGUGUCUAUGCAGUUGAUAGAAAAACCACUAAAACGAUGCACUUUACACAAGUCCACAACAGGCAAGAAACAUCGCAGAGAUCAUCAAAAAGAAAUCACCAUGCCUGAGAUCAAAACAGGAGAUGCACAAAUAAACCUUGCAUUAUAUGGCACCUCUCGGGUGAAACAAAAGAAAAAUAUUUCUAUGUUCACAUCAUCAGAUAAGGUGCCUAUUCCUCCCAAAACAAUUAAUGUAAAAAUAGGUUCUGGUGGGAAUAAAUACUGGAAUUCCCAGAAGAAGACCUCUGUUUUAUUAAGGCCAUCUAAUAACAGAAGGUCAAAAAAGCUAAAACAUGCAAAAGCACCAGAAUCAAACCUUUAUGCUGCAGAUAACUCUGUGAUUAAAACUACAUCUUUUGAUCUGAUUACUACUUUGCCAUGUCAUGAAGAAAGUGCACAAAAUCAGCCUAAAGUAAAUAAUGGGAGUACAUUAUCUUUGGCAUCAGCUGACAAUCAGAAAAAGACAGCCACCAGUCAAUCCAAGAAAAAACCAAGGAAAAAAAUCAGUUCUACCAGAAAGGAUAAAAUAAUGAAGCUGAAACGGAAUACAUUUUUUUCAUCGUUUAAUUUCAGGAGGAAAUGUAAUUCUGCAAAUAACACAAAUGAACUAAUAAAGACUUCUUUUGAUCCGGCUCAGCCCAAUAGUACAAGUAAAAAUAAGUUAAAUACAGGUGUGGCCUUGAAUUUCGGAGUUCUGCCAGCAUCUUUCAACAUAUUAGAAGGCAGUUCAUCUAUGGAAGCCAAUCAGUCCGUGAGCGCAGAUAGUGGCUCCAAAGAUAAAAGUAUGCUACUGAUUAAAAGGAAAUGGGCCAUAUCAGGUACUUGGUGUGACAGCCCCAGGAAGAAACAGUGCCUCAAAUCUACCCCAACCCUGCCAAACACGUCUGGGCUCAGUACAUUCCAAGAGUUCAAGAAGAAAUAUGAAAAAAAAAAUCAGAACAUUUCUGUCUAAUUGUACAUAAUAAGCACAAAUAACACACAACACUGCUGCUAACAGGAGUGGAAGCGUUGUAGACCAAUCAAAAAAUGGCAUCUUUCAGCAUUCACUGACAAGUGACGUGGUGCUGGAACUCUUAACUAUAUGUAUGGAUUUUUGUGACAUCCUGUAAAUAAAAACAAAAACACACUAUUGUUCUAUUAAAAAGAUGUUGGUUAUA